AUGUUCUGUGCGCCUGUAGCGGUUGCACCAAUAUGGCCAAGCCCGGCAGCAUCGUCAAGUCGAGCAUUCCCAAUCGGCAAGCCGCGAGCGAUUCCUCCUCCGCGAGGUGUGGCAACAGCGCUUGUGGGAGCGUUGGCCAUUGCACGACGCACUGCUCACUAUGGCGACCGCGCAGGGGCUUUGAUUGCUGUCGGUGUGGCCGUCAGCGCUCGGGUCUUGCGACGCGCUGCCGACACCGACUCGGCUUCCAGCCAGCGGUUAGUGGAAAAUCUACAGCGACAGGUGGCAAGGUUAGAAGAAGCCAACAGGCAGUUGCAAGCUGAAGUGUUGGCUGCAAAAGCUUCGCUUGGCCUGCCAACUGAGGAUGCCGAGCAGGCACGCUCCAGCUUCGACGAAACAGGACGAUUCGCUUUUCCAAAGGCGGAUCUUCCAUUUCCGUUGGAGUCACUUCGACUGGUACCUCCAGAGAGAGGUCUGGAGUACAGAGAGGAAGAGGGCGAUUGGAUAUCGCUUUUCAGGAAUGCUGCGCCCUACAUCGCGGCGUUCAGGGGUGGAACCGUCGUGGUGCACCUGCCCUCCUUCAUGCUGGAAGAUGACAUGCAGGAAACUUUUCGUGGACUGAUGGAGGACGUCGCCUUCUGCUCUUUAUUGGGGCUACAGAUGGUUCUCGUUACCUCUAUCGAGUGCAGGCUUUGGCGGAGGCUGCGACCCGACGAGGCCUUCUUGGCGAAGGAUGGUGCUGGGACGAAGGCGCCGGUUCCUUCGCGCACGGUCAUGUGCCACUGUGUUUCAUCUUGGAGUCGUUUGAUUCGGCUCCAGUCUUAG